CUGUUACAGAAACUCGAGCAGCCUUGUUCCAUUACUAUUUCUUCGUCCCCAAUGAAGCAACCAGGUUGGCCGGAGAGUGGAGCAUUUCUUUGCUUCCUCACCUUGAUCAACCAUGUUCCAGGUUUCAAAGUACACGAAGCGACAAACUUGCUUGGCGAAGCUGUGGUCGACAGGAGCGGGGCAGUGGUCUCCAAAGCCGACAGUUUUUAUCCAUCCGCUUUUCCGAAGGCUGGCAUUGCGGUUUUGCAAGAAUCAACUCAGAACUUUACGAGAACAUAUGUUGGAGGCUAUGACUAUGCCACCAGGGAAGCAGCUAAAGGCAAGUGCCAAUCGCUGGGAUAUCAAGGAUUAUGCAGCAAAGCUGAAGUGGAAGGCUAUGCGAUUUGCGCCUUUGGUUGGAUGAGUGACUACAAGGGCUUCUGGUUCCAUCAGACGCUGCAGGGCUGUGGUUCAGGGAUAGGCUUUCGCGAUGGAAGCAGCUGGAAUCCUGUUGGUGCCUAUUGCUGUCACCAAGCGGCAGCCAUUGAGAGAGAAUAUGUUGGUGGUUACGACUAUGCCACCAGAGAAGCAGCCACAGGCAAGUGCCAGUCGGUGGGGUAUCAAGGGCUCUGCAGCAAAGCUGAAGUGGAAGGAUGGUCCAAGUGUGCACAUGGUUGGAUGAGUGACUACAAGGGCUACUGGUUCCACGAGACGAAAAGCGGCUGCGGUUCUGGCACGGGAUGGCGCAGUGGAAGCAGCCAGAAUGCUGUUGGCGCCUAUUGUUGUCACCUAUCCCAGAUUGAAAGGAAGUAUGUGCCCUGCCGGCGCUUGCAAGUCCGAAGCUGCAGCGCUGGAAGGACCUUCCUCAGCGGAAGCAAGAUGCCAUCCUGGCCAGAGCUGUCCUGGAGGUUGGUCAGCCGCACCAUCACCUGUCUGAGUUCUCUACGGGCCGGGAAGGGCUUUGAUUGGCAUUUGGGCAAUCAUUCCACUUUGCAUCAAACUCCUCAAGAAGCCGCCUCCAUUCUGGUGCGUGAUGGGGGUCUCCCAAACACUCGGUACGAAUGGCUGGUGGAAUGCUCAAGGUAUCAUCACUGCUUAGGCAAAUUGCCAGAGCAGGCUGAGAGCGGUGGCCUUCUUUAG